UGUCUGGACACUGAAAAAAGCGGAACCCGAAAGAGUGAGGCUAAGGGGGAAGACAGAAAGUGUCACUACCACGGAAGGGGCGGGGUGAGCCAGUCUCUUCGCCGUUCCUACUUGGUCCUUAGUUCUUUUCGGUCCCCACCCUCCGCCUCUCUCCAGCCGGAACCUUUCAUUCGCCUGUUCUAGUGGCUGCGGGGACUAAUUUUGACCUCGCUCAACCCUCGUCUGUCAAGAUGGCGGCCACCACAAGCUGCUUCGGGAGAGUUUUCCUUCAGUACCAGAGGCAGUGUUUCUCCAGGAUCACUUAUAAUACUUCUGUUGCAUCUUGUUUUGUAAAUGUUCAUGCAGCCAAAAGACAUUAUGCUGCUGCAAAACCUGCAAAAAAGGAGAAAAAAGGCUCCAAAGUACAAACUCCAGCUGCAAAAACAGAUGAUAUAGAAAAAAUAAAGACCUAUACAUAUAUGGAGGGUGAGCCUGAGGAUGAUGUUUAUUUAAAACGCUUAUACCCAAGGCAGAUUUAUGAAGUGAAUAAAGCAAUUGAUUUGCUAAAAAAAUUUCAAAUUCUGGACUACUCUAACCCAAAGCAAGGUGUUUAUCUUGAUUUGACACUGGAUAUGUCACUGGAGAAGAAGAAGAAAAAGGUGGAGCCAUUUGUCAGUGUUAUUAACUUCCCAUAUCCAUUUACUUCAAAGAUGAAUAAAAUUCUGGUGUUUACAGAGAAUGAUUCAGAUAUUAAAAUCGCUGAAGAAAAUGGAGCUGCGUUUGCAGGAGGAUCUGCACUGAUUCAGAAGAUUUUGGAUGAUGAAAUCCAGGCAGAUUUUUAUGUAACUGUUCCAGAAAUGAUGCCAGCAAUUCAGCCAUUAAGAAGGAAACUAAAAAAAAAAUUUCCAAGGCUUUUGCAAAAUUCCGUUGAUCAUGACAUUGUGAAAAUGCUUGAAUUCUUUAAAACUGGACAUGAGAUUGCAGUAGAUGAGGAAAGAGGGAACUUUCUAAACACCCAAGUAGCAGUGCUGGAUAUGCCAAAUAAUGAAAUAGUUGCUAAUCUGCAAGCUGUUUUCACUGAAGUCUGCAGGCACAAACCACAGAGUAGUGGAUCUUUUGUGGUACGUGCGUUUCUUCGUAGUUCAACAAGUGAAGGAUUAUUACUAAAGACUGAGCACUUCCUACCUCAGGAAAAAGUAAAACCAGAAGAGAGUAUUAAAGAAACUAUAUAACAAA